ACGAGACCUGUCUGCGCAGAGCUCCCUCCUUUGAUUCACCUUCGGAAAGGUAGUCUACUUGAAUCCAGCCGCCGUUCCAGCGUCGCCCGUGAGACUUCGCGACUCUCCGGGUUCGGAUCGAUAUGAAAAACAUCAAGCGCGAGUUCCACCGUCUCGGUCGCUCAGGAAGCCUCGAUCUGACCCGCUCCCUCUCCAACCCAUCCUCGUCCACCAUGCCCGACCCCGUCAACGGCUCCGCCAAUGCGACUGGCAACGCCAACGAAACCGCUCCCCUCCUCGGCCGUCACACCUCCGCUUCCUCCUACCAUAGCUACCACCAACACAAUUCCGCCUGGCAGGGCCUGCCCCGCAAGUUCAUCGUCACCACAUGGCGCACUCUUCUGAGCAACUAUGUCAACGUCCUGCUCGUCUUCGUACCCCUCGGUAUCAUCGCCGGUGCGCUGCACUGGGCUCCGACGGCCGUCUUCGUGCUCAACUUCAUCGCCAUUAUCCCGCUGGCCUCGUUGCUGAGCUUCGCGACCGAGGAGUUGUCGGCGAACCUGGGGCAGACAAUUGGAGGGUUGUUGAAUGCGACAUUUGGGAACGCGGUGGAACUGAUUGUUUCCAUCGUUGCCCUCCAGAGAAAUGAGAUCCGCAUCGUCCAGGCUAGCAUGCUGGGCUCCAUCCUCUCCAACAUCCUGCUCGUCCUGGGCUGCUGCUUCCUCGCCGGUGGCCUCCGCGAACGGGAGAGCAGGUUCAACUCCACCGUCGCCAGCACCAUGUCCUCCCUCAUGGCCGUCUCGAGCGCCUCCCUGAUCAUCCCAGCCACCCUCUACGCUGCGCUACGCACCUCGAGCAAGCGCGAGACGGACGAACACAUUCUGCUCCUCUCCCACGGCACCGCCAUCAUCCUCCUCAUCCUCUAUCUUUUGUACCUCUACUUCCAGCUCUACAGCCACAGCAGCCUCUUCAACGACGUAGAAGCCGCCGCCGAGGAGGGCGAGGGCGGGGCGGGCACCAACGACGACGAAUCCGGCGAAAUCCUGUCCCCCUUCGCCGCCGGCACCGCCCUCGUCAUCGUCACCGUCAUGGUCGCCGUCUGCGCCGAAUACCUCGUCGGCUCCAUUGACGCCAUCGUCGAGUCCUCGCACAUCUCCAAGACCUUCAUCGGUCUGAUCCUCAUCCCCAUUGUCGGAAACGCAGCCGAGCACGUGACGGCCGUGAUUGUCGCGUACAAGGGCAAGAUGGACUUGGCCAUCAAUGUGGCGAUUGGGAGCUCCAUGCAGAUUGCGCUGUUUGUGACGCCGUUCCUGGUGAUUCUGGGGUGGAUCAUGAAUCGUGCCAUGACGCUGCAUUUCCAGGGAUUUGAGACGGUCGUGUUCUUUUUGAGUGUGUUGGUCGUGAACUAUCUCAUCCAGGAUGGGAAGAGCAAUUAUCUAGAAGGGGCCAUGUGUUUGGGGACGUAUACGAUCAUCGCCCUCGCCUUCUACGUCUAUCCAGAUGACGCAUCGGGCGAUCUGGGUGGGAAUUUCAUCAAGCAUUUCUUCAGCAACUAGAGCGUGUGAAUCUACGGACGGGGUAGAGUCGGGCACCGGGAUGCUACGGUUGUUCCGGCAUCAUGGGUUUCGAUGGUCAGAGACUGUGUCCUCGACUUCGACUUUCGCUUCUUGCAUUCCAUUUUCUUUGUAUGUAUUUCAGAGUGUAUUUUUAUUCUAUUCUGUUGGCUUUUUCACUCAACCGGGUUUGGAU